GAACGAAAGAGUUGUCAUAAAAAUUUGGCGUCGUUUUCGCUAAUAUAGAAAAAUAUCAAGAAAUAAUAAGUAAAAAUGGAUCCAAUAGUGAAAGUAUUCACUUCAGCAAUUGCCAAGUUAGAAAAAUCAGAAAAAUUCUCAGAAGUCUUUAAUGUUUGUCGGACUAUCGACGCUUUGGAUAAUGAUCAUUUUGCAAAACAUGCAGAAAAUGAUAAUUAUAGUGCUAUAUUGAAUCCUUCAGCUAAGAAGUUAACGCUUCUUCUUAUCAAAUAUUUUAAAGUAUGCAAAACCUUAUCGCAACAGAAAAUCAUUCUAAAAGCUUUGUUGAAACCAGCUUUAUGUAUGAACUAUUUCCAUGUUGAAUGUCUUUUUGUCGAGUACGAGGAACAAAUGAGCGGACUUGGCGCGGAAUUGCUGCGUAACUAUAUGUGGAUUCACAAUGACGAAUUUAUCAGAAAGUUUGGUCUUACUUAUCCAAACCACUUUAACUUUCACGAUUCCUUUGUCGAGAGUUCGUUAGCUUACAAAAAGGAUACAAAAUAUUUUGAAGUUGCUAUUGAAAACAACAUUGCUGCUUAUGGAACUUCAAUGCAGGUUAAGCUUCAUCAUUCAUUUAAAAAUAAGUUACUUAAGAUGCAGAUAAAUCAAUUCAAAUCAAACAUGUCUGGUUCCGAAUUUGACAAUGAUGAGGUUGGUGAUAAUUCUGAUGGUCAUUAUAACAUUGUAAUCUUGAGCAAUUUGGAAAACCUUCAUCAAAAUGUCCGUCCACUGAUUUUACGUCUUUUCAAAGAAGUGAUGAAGAAAUACGAUUCAAAGAACUCAUCGGAUAAUAAAAUGAUGGAAACUAUUAUCAAACUUCCAUGGACAGACCGAAACAAGUAUUCUCUACUUUCAAUUAUCAUCUCAAAUGAUGCAGCACCUUUGUUAACAAACAAAUAUUUCGUUAAAAACAAUUUAUUGAAUGGAUUAUUUGUCGCUCUUUCAUUUGAUUAUCUUGUUGCGACAAGUGCUCUACUUGUUAAAGCUGUUUAUAAACACGAAUUUUUUCAAGACAGUUUGAUCAAAAUACUGGCAAAAUAUUUAUGGAUUGGACAAGAUAACGAAGUUAAUAAUAUAAUCAAGUAUUGGUUCAACGUUAUUGAUCAACCAUUCAUCAGUAAACUUUACGACUUCAUGAGCAACGAUGGAAAAUUCUUAAACAUUCCAACCACAUCUUCAAAGUUUUAUCGUCUUCUAGUGUUGCGAAAUGCAUUCAAAGACAACAUGAAAGAUCCUGAACUCGAUGAAAGAAUCUUUAAGUUUGCUUUGGAUAUUAAAGAAAAACCGCUUAAAACUGAAAUCUUUCAAAUAAUGAUUAACAAAGUUUGUACCGAAACUGAUGAAGAUCUUCAAACUUCGAAUAUUUCUGCUUUUCAGCAUUUCAUUCGAUCGAAUAUGGAAGAUUCGCAAUUUGUUGAUCAUAUGAUGCGAAAAUUUCCAAAGUUUUUCAAGUUUCUCGCUGACAAAAAACCACGAAAGGUUGAAUUUCAUAAAAGGAUUUUUAGAAUCAUCAAGGAAGACAUUUUUGAUCAUGGAAUGAGUGUCGGCACAAAAGAAUCUAAAUUAUUCAGUCUGAAAUUGUUUGAUGUAAUGACUAAAGAAUAUUUCACAAACAGAAAGGGAAGUUUCGAGUUCAUUCGCUAUUUGGAGAUAAACAAGAUCUGGAAUAUAUUUUCCUUAACUACAAUUGAUAGCUUGAUUGCAUUUGUAUCGGACGAUGACAUCAACAUUUCGGGAAUUGCUUUUAACAUUUUAGUUGAAAAUGUUAUGAAACCUUUUCCAAAAGAGGCCAUUACAAAUGUUAUCGUUGAGAGAGUACAUCUGUUGUGCCCAAAUGAAUUGUCUGAUCCCAUGCUCAACAGUUUUGGAUGUUUGCUGAGACUUGAAAUAUGUUUGAUUAAUACCAAUUCUUUAGUCCUUUUGUUUCGUCAUAAUGCUCUUUUAGAAGAACACAUUAUUUGCCGGCUGAAUUGCAAGAAAUCAUACGACUGCUGCAUUGAUUGUUUUAAUCUUGAAAACAGAAAAGUUAUUUUUGUUCUUGAUUCAAUUAAUCACUUGUUCACGCGCGGUAAACUUGAUAUUGAACAGCCAUAUAUUAAUCUUACUAUGGCUUAUGUAGAUAAACUCACAUCUUUUCUUUUUGAUCAACUUGUGGAGUUUCCAAAUCUAUCAAAAGUAAAACUUUGCUUCAUUUCUGACAUACUCAAAUCUUGUUCCGAAGUCUCUUUGACUGCUUCAUUAUUGUUGAAAGAACAACCUGACAACUGUGCCAUCAAAUAUUUGUUUGAAUUAAAUAUUCAAAUUCUUACAAAAAUAUCAAACAAGGAUGCAAUCAAAUCAGCAAGCAAAGCAAUUGGAAAAGCAACAAAAAUAGUUUCCCGAAAGUUCCUAAAUUUCUGUAACCGAAAAUGCCCUGAAGCAGUUGAAUUACAAGAACAACUCGUCGUAUUAAAACAAUAUAUUGACUGUGGAAAACAUGCAACCAGUGAAGAUAUUGAUGCUAAUCGAGGCUUAAUUAUUUUAGCUAAUUCGAUUAUUACAAAUCAUCCACCAUUCUUAAAAUUUUUUAUGGAAAUUAUUAUUGACAUGGUUGAAAUCAAGAAUGCAUAUGAUCAGUUAAAAGUUCGUUUCUAUGACAAAACUAAACCAAUUCAAUUACAUCUUCUUGCCGAAUUGAUCAAUGAUGGAAAUAUUACUGAAGAAAUGAUUCCUUACUAUAACUUCAUACUUCUUGCUCUUUUUGAACGCUUUAAAAAUUCAGAAAAAAGCAAAGUGAUGACAAAUGUUCUCAUUCAAAUAAUUGAUGCCAUCAUCCCUAAAAUAUCGAACCAAAAAAAAUACAAUCCUUCAGGACAUCUCAAAGUUUUAAAGUACGAGCCAAAAUCUGUUACAGUUUACGAAUUUUAUGUGAAGUUUACUGGUUCUUUAAGAGUUGCAUACUAUGAUUUGUGUCAUGAAAAAACGUUGAACAACACAAUUUAUGUUGUUAAAUUACUUGAACUCUUUUCUAAUUUUGAGUGGCGAAACAUCUUCGAAUAUUGGUCGGAAAUGGGUCUUUUGUGUGACAAAUUUGAAGAAUUAAUGGCACAUAAUGAAGAAGAAGUAAGAAUGCUGGCUGGAAAAUGUUAUGCAAUGUGGCAAGAAGUGGAUAUGAAAAUGUUAGCAACAAUCAAAGAGUUAUUAAAAAAUAUUUUUGAUCCUGAUAAACAACGAGUUCAUUCCACAAUCAACUGUGUAAAAAUAAUGAUCGAUAGAUAUGAAAGCUGCGUUAAAUUUAUCGACAAUGACUUUGAUAUCAAGGAAUUCAAGAUUUUGUGCCAAAAAAUCAUUCGAGAUGAAUUCACGAAAAAAUCUACAUUCGUGGGAGCAACAAACUUCUUCAUUCGUUAUCAUAUUCUAAAUUUUUUGAUGUUCUUAGACUUCACAUUCUCAGAUCUUAUUGUUCAGUCUUUAAUGAUCGAAAAUAAUCUUGAAAGCCAUUUCGGUUAUCCAAUGUGGAAAGAAGAAGUUAAAGCUAUUCAGAUGAAAACAGAAAAUUCUUUAUAAAUCAUAUUAUAGUAACGAGAAGAACAGAAAUAAACAUACAUGUAUGAAUAUUUACAUUUUAAAAGAAACUUAGGUAUU